AUGGCGGGAUUGGCGGCGCAGCUGCGGAGGUACUAUUUCGGCCCCCCACCUGCCAAGGGGGUGAUCCAAGAUCUGGAGUGCGCCAUGAGGACAAAGGGCGGUUUAACCCCCGAGGAGGAGAAGAAGCUCGAGUUUUGCAAACUCCUUCCAACUUUUUCCUUCGUCGUGGGUUCAGGAUUGGGCACUUUCGUGGGGUGGUUCGGGUUCGACAAAGGAAACAAAUUGCUUGGGCUUCCACCUAAUCCCCGAUUCAUAAGAUUUUGUGCAGCUUAUGGCUGCGCUUAUUUCGCUGGGAAGGGAUUGGCUCGUGGAAUCAUGCAUGACUGCCCUGCAGUGCUUUUAAACACGGAAGAAGGACGGAUGAAGAUGGAGCUAGCUAACAUAAUACUCAAUAAGCAUAGUGAUGAUGCAUUCCUGGUCAAAGUUGUGAAAAGGCACUUUUUUGCUGAGCAUCUGUUCGAUGAUCUGCAUCAAGAUCAACCACUUUUCAGGUGGCACCCACGCCAUUCGUAUAUCGAUAACGCCUUUGUAGAAAGAAUGAAGGAAGCUGAAGCUACCAACUCUGAUGAUGAGGCUAGAUCAAUUUCAAGAGAGACAAAUGCGAACACUACACCAUUUGGAGAUCUGAUGGAGGACUCGCUGGCUUGCAUACUCGGUUCUCCCGGAUGCAACAUGGAAGGCAACAAUCCCCCAGAAAAGAUGGGCACUGUCCUGAAGCGAAGCGAGCCGCGAGCUCGUAGAAGAUGUCGCAGGCAUCAUCAUCGGCAUGCUGAUGAGUGA